UACUGUUCAGUAACGGAUUAUAAACACAUGUUUGUACGUUUGAUUUUUUUUAUGUUUUUUGUUUGUUUGUUUGUUUGUCUAGUUCUUACAGUGAGAGAAAGUUGGCAGGUUUUUUUUCUUAAAUAUUAUUUUCUCGGAAACCAAACAAAAGGGAGGGAAGUGGGUUAUGAUGCAAGCUAGGUUUUUGGAAAAACCAAGUAGUAUGACUCGAGAAAAAAGAGGACUGGAUUCAAAUUCUGGUGAUGAAGGUCAUCCUGAUAGAAAAAGACCUGCUUUAGCCAGUGUAAUUGUAGAAGCUUUGAAGGUGGAUAGUCUGCAAAAACUUUGCUCAUCAUUAGAGCCUAUUCUUCGGAGAGUUGUUAGUGAAGAAGUGGAGCGUGCUUUAGCAAAAUUAGGCUCAAACAAACUUACUGCUGGACGGUCUUCUCCGAAAUGUAUAGGAGGACCCGACGGAAGAAACUUGCAGCUGCACUUCAGGUCAAGGUUGUCCCUCCCUCUCUUUACAGGAGGAAAAGUAGAAGGGGAGCAAGGUUCCGCAAUCCAUAUCGUGUUGAUCGAUUCGAACACAGGCCAUGUCGUAACAUCAGGACCUGAAUCUGCAGUGAAACUGGAUGUCAUUGUUCUUGAAGGUGACUUUAAUAAUGAAGAUGAUGAUAAUUGGACCGAAGAAGAUUUCGACUCUCAUGUAGUUAAAGAGCGCGAGGGUAAGAGGCCGCUUUUAACUGGAGAUCUCCAAGUGAUCCUGAAAGAAGGUGUAGGAACUGUAGGUGAACUGACAUUUACUGAUAACUCGAGCUGGAUAAGAAGCCGAAAAUUCAGACUAGGAUUGAAGGUCUCUCCGGGAUUUUGCGAUGGAAUUCGCAUUCGUGAAGCGAAAACUGAUGCUUUCACUGUUAAGGAUCAUCGAGGAGAAUUGUACAAGAAACACUAUCCACCUGCAUUACAUGAUGAGGUUUGGAGAUUGGAGAAGAUCGGCAAGGACGGAUCUUUCCAUAAGAGGCUGAGCAAAGCUGGGAUAUAUACAGUUGAAGACUUCUUACGACUUGUCGUUAGAGACUCGCAGAGAUUGCGAAAUAUUCUUGGAAGUGGAAUGUCAAAUAAGAUGUGGGAUGUUCUUGUUGAGCAUGCAAAGACUUGUACUAUGAACGGGAAGCUGUACGUGUACUAUCCUGAGGACGCACGGAAUGUCGGUGUUGUUUUUAAUGAUAUCUACGAGCUUAGCGGCUUGAUAGCGAACGGACAGUAUUACUCGGCAGAAUCUCUUUCUGAUGAUCAGAAGGUCUAUGUGGAUGGCUUGGCGAAGAAGGCAUAUGAGAAUUGGAUGCAUGUCAUAGAGUAUGAUAGCAAAACACUCCUGGACUUUAAGCAGGACGAGAACGGAAUUUCGUCCCAAAUCGACAAUCCAACUGGUCAACAAGAUUAUUUGAACUCUUAUGAGCAUCAAGUUACUUUGCCAACUCUAUCAGUUCCAGUCUCUUCAGAGCAACCGGUUAUGGAUUCAGGUCCAACAGUUGGAGGUUAUAAUGACAGCACAGCUGCAAGUUUCUCACUGCAAUCACACCAUGAAAAUCUGAACACACCUUUCCAGUUCGAUACUGCUUCAAUACCGAAUUUGCAGAAUCCUCUGCCCAAUACCUCACAGCAAAAUCAGUUUCCGAAAAGUGAAAUUUUACACGAACUCGUUCCCCCACAAUCAUCUACGUCAAGCUUCCAAGGCGGUUGUACGCCAAAUGUUACUUCAUAUGGGGGAUCCGACGACUUCUGUCUGGAAGAGGACAUUCGCAUGAGAAGCAACGAGAUGCUCGAAAAUGAGGAUAUGCAGCAUCUUCUUCGUAUAUUUAACAUGGGAGCUCACAGCUUGUCGGGUGAAGAUGCAUACCCUUACGCGUCCUCUUACAUGCCUGCCCCGUCUCCGAACUACAGCUUCGGUGACGAUCAGUCACGUUCAUCUGGAAAAGGAGUCGUUGGAUGGCUAAAGCUUAAGGCUGCUCUAAGAUGGGGCAUGUUUGUCAGGAAGAAAGCUGCCGAGAGACGGGCACAGCUUAUAGAACUCGACGAUCUUUAAAAGUUUGGCCUUCGGAGCAAUAUCGGUCAGGUUUUGGUGUUUGUGAGCAUCCUCCAUGCCUGCUGGUUCAUGACUUUAAUUCAAUUAGAGACUAUGGUUUUUCGACUUCCGUUACUGGCUGCACUUGAGGAACAGCGAUCGAAAAUCGACAUCCAAUUGGUGGCAUUUUCUAUUCUGAUGGUGCAGAAACAUCUUAUCUUCAGUUGGACGUUUCUGAAACAGGAAAUUUAGCAUGUGCCCUUUUUUUAGUUUAUGCAUUAGUUAGCCGAUAGGGUAGAAUCUGAUGCUAAUUUUAUCCACAAUUGGCUUUAUUCUCAGUGUUCUUUUCUUUAAGGUACAGCUUAAAACUAAUGGCCUGUAUUUAUUUGUUCCUUUCUAAGCUGUAACACUAAAAUAAUGGCUGUAUCUUAUUUUUCAGUUCUAAUUAAGAAAUUGUUUUUUUGGAGA